AUGGAUACGACCCCCGGAUUUAGGAUUUUUAGGUUUAGAGUGAUUCAAAUUGGGAAUGAUCCAUUCCGCGGAGGGGGAUGUCAGUCCGCAGAGGGUACUCCACGGAUUGAUGUGUUUCCUCUGCGGAAUGAUGUUAUCGAACAAACCAUCGCUCCGCGUUGGCUAGAGCACAAAGAUCUCAAUCAAAAAGCGGAGUUAACUUUGAAAGGCGUGGUGGGAACUAUAAUUAAAAAGUAUUUUCCGCGCCUAACACAAUCACAACGAGUAUUAUUCGAAGCUUCCCCCUUUGGAAUAUUCUUAGGAAUGCAUAUCCCAUCUGGUGAUCCAUUACUUGUGUAUAUGAUGAUGUUGUAUGAAGUAAGGUCUCAACAAAUAUUUGAAAUGGGGGGGGGGGGGGUUAUGUUUGAUAUACAGGGGAUCCAGUUGGAUUUUGGUGAAACUGAAUAUAUUCUGAUUUGUGGUUUAAAAGUUGGUCCUUAUGUGGAUUCACUCAAUGACGAAAAGGGCCAUUCAAAUUCACAUCUUCGUGCUUGGUUGUUCCCAGAUAUUUCAGAUUCACGUUUGCGGCUGAAAGAUUUAGAAGACUUGAUUUUGUCCCCGAAUUAUUCGGCACUACAAGAUGAAGAUGUUGUGAUGCUUAUCCAACUUGUUUUUAUGUUGAAGGGUCUACACGGACGGGACGAAACGGGUAGUAUAGAAACUUGCUGA